UAGUGGUAGACGAAGGCGGAAAGCGUUCAGUCAGCUACGAGCACUGCCAAAGGAUGGCAGCAAUCGGAACAUCAUUGUGUGUGCUGUUGUUCCUUCUGAUCGUGAUACAGUACAUCGAAGUCGGUUAUGGAUCGCUAUAUGCUACCUCAGCUGACCUAGAGGAAAGACUGAGUGAAGCUUUCUUACCCAACGUCCGUGAAGCGAUCGACGACUGCCAUCUGAGGUACUACAAACUUGGAGAGGGUCCUGAACCCAAACCAGCGUUCGGUAGGCCAGCCUAUUUGCGUGAGUUUGCACACAUGGCAGCGAUUGGCUGGUCUGCGAGUGAUGGCAAAAUCCGUUGGGACUGCGGCGGCUCAUUGAUAUGGGAGAACUACAUACUUACUGCAGCUCAUUGUGCGGCGAAUGAUGACAACACUCCCCCCGAUGUGGUUCGCCUUGGAGAUAUCAACCUAUACGACGACUCUGACGAUCAGUAUGCACAGCAGCUGAAGAUCGUCGAAAUUGUACGUCAUCCUGAGCAUCGUUUUAGCUCACGCUACCAUGAUCUUGCCCUCCUGCGACUGGAAAAGAACGUCACUCUGCAUGACACGGUAGCACCGGGAUGCCUCUGGAACGAUGAGAAUGAAAUACCUUUCCCUACGAUGGAAGCUACUGGUUGGGGAGCAACGGGAUUCGGUGAAAAGUCCACUCCGAUCCUUCUGAAAGUGUCACUCGGAGUAGUCAAACCGGAGGAAUGCAAUAAGCACUAUAAGAUUGGGGAUCGUGGAUUGAAGCAAGGACUCAUGAAUUACCAUUUAUGUGCCGGUGAUGUCAAAAUGGAUACUUGUCCCGGAGACUCCGGUGGGCCCCUGCAAAUGAAGCUGCUGCACAAUGGCAAGAUGACUCCAUUCGUUGUGGCCGUUACUUCGUUUGGGAGUGUAUGCGGUCAAUCGAAUCCAGGCGUUUACAUGAAGGUAGCACCUUAUAUUCCCUGGAUAAGUGCAGAGCUUGCGAAACGUGGAGAGAUCAUAAAAGAUUGGAGUUUUAAACCCUAUGCCUGUGCACUUCGCUAUGUUCACCUAAGAGAGUAUGAGGACGAUGUCAUUACACAUAAAUCGGGUGGUUUUGAAAGUCUGGAUUCCAGCAAUGCUCAUAUGAACAUAAUAACUUCCACACAAACCGCCUCGAUUCACUGGCCAGUUGGAAGCCCGUCUGUACCCAAAAACUGUAACGGGGUAGUGAUUGAUGAGGACACCGUAGUUACACUGGCCCGUUGCGCCAUCGCUGAAAGAAUCCAACCUUCACACAUCAUGCUUAAGGACACUCGGAACGAUAUCGUUCGUGUUCACCGGCAUCCGGGUUACAGACCAAACUCCUUCUACAAUGACAUCGCGGUUUUAAAAGUAAAGGAUAGGUUCAAAUUCUCCACUGAUUUCGUACCGGCGUGUAUUUGGAGUGCAUUUGAGAUACCCGAUCCACAGUUCUACGUUACUGGACAAGGCCGUUAUGAUUUGAAUCGAUUCGAUUCCUAUUCCGACGGUCCACGGAACAUUGAUCCAACAAUCGUUCAGCUAUCACCUAGAGCCAACAUUCUGGACAUUGACAACUGUACGUUACCAGAAGAGUACUACAGCGGACUUAGCCGUGGUGUAACAACGGAGCAUCUGUGUUUUCGAAAUAAGCCCUUCUUAGUACCGGACUCAUGUGAAAUGUUAUACGGAGCACCACUGAGACGAAACAUUUGGCGGUUGGGACGUCACUUCGAGCACAUCUAUGCGCUGAAUCUAUUGGGCAAAGACUGUGGUUUUGGCCGAGCGGCACUUGGGACCCGAUUCGGCUAUCACUCCGAAUGGCUCAAGUCGGUGCUGCUCCCCAACUACCGCGCAGAGUCAGACUCAGUACACUUCCUUAAUACGGAUUUGGAUGAUUUUGAUCAAUGCAGGGGAACAGAUGGAAGUACCGGUUUGUGUGUUAAUAUAAACCGAUGUCCUAAAAUACACUAUGAUGUGCAAGCGAAUCGUAGUGUUCAGUUGUGCAAUGGCGGAAAGAUUGUAUGCUGUCCAUAUGAUAACAUACGAAAUGUAACAAGCAUCAGCCAGAUGGCCUCUGAGCUGGACGAUUGUGAAAGCCGCUACAAACAGUUUCACGAAAUGUAUGAACCUUACCAAUCGGAUCGAAUCGAUCACUUUUACCAUACGGUGUACUUCGGAUGGCAAACCAAGGAUGGCAUGACGGAAUGGAUUUGCUCUGGUACACUGAUUACUCGCAGUGUCGUCGUAACUUCUGCUUAUUGUCUGCUGGCGGACGGCGACUUACCAAUAUUGGUGAACGUGGCCGAAGGUAAUCCCAAUGCCACGUGGUCACGCCCAAAGCCUACUCGUAUUAAGGAGGUGAUCAUCCAUCCGGGCUACAAUGCAAGCACUCUUCAGUACGAUAUUGGACUGGUACGCUUGGAGCAACCAAUCGUUCCGACGGCGCGUAAAUACCCGAUCUGUUUGUGGCAGAACGAGACGCACACACCACUUCAGCUGUACCGAAUGGUGGAUGAUGAUAACUAUGUGAGUAGAUUUGAGCAGAACUUCCCCAAGUACAACUCCGACUGUAGACAAGACUUACGGCAGCUUGGUAAAAGGGAACUUCAGUCGAACGAACUGUGCACCGACAUCGAUGGUACGCCAGGACGAAGCAUUUCCGGAGACCCGCUCAUUUGGUAUAAUAGAAAUCCUAAUGACAACUCUUCAACCCAGUAUCUGGUGGGUAUUAUCAGCUCUGGUAUAUCGGCAGAGAGUCUAGGAAUAAACGCUAGAAUCUCAUCGUACAUCGGAUGGAUCAAGAGUAUCGUAUAGCAAUAGAAGUAUUGAUUUGAAAAGAUAAUAAAACAUACAGGUUUCCAUAACAGUU